UGCACGGGAUUGGACCAGAAUUGUCUUCAAACUCUUUACCCCGCCUAACGGAGGCAAGCCCGGGCAAAUACCUCUGGACUGGCAAACAACCUAAGUCUUUCAACAGAAGCCGCUGAGCGAGGUCAACAUGGAUGGUUACCUGGCCAGUUUGGGUUUAUAUAGAAAAAUUCCAGCAAGAGACGCCUCUUGUCUGUUUAGAGCUGUUUCUGAACAGCUUUAUUACUCUCAGAAUUACCACCAGCACAUCAGGAAGGCAUGUGUCUCCUUUAUGAGGGCCAACCGAUGCAACUUUGAGUCUUUUGUUGCAGGGUCCUUUGAAAAGUAUUUGGAGCGGUUGGAAGACCCAAAGGAAACCGCUGGCCAGGUGGAGAUUAAAGCUCUUUCUUUAAUGUAUAAACGUCGCUUCAUUAUAUAUCGUCAUCCAGGGAAGCCACCUACCAAAGUUGCUGAUGAGGAUUACAAAGAAAAGGUUGUGCUGUGCUGUUCUAACAAUGGCCACUAUGAUAAUGUGUAUCCAAAACACUACCCUGCUGCUGCAGCAGUGUGCCAAGCUAUCCUGUAUGAGGUCCUGUACAAGGAUGUGUUUGGGAUCGAGGAGGAGGAGAUUCACUCUGCCCUGGAUGUGUUCCACGGCAGUGGGGGGAGGCGGUACCGCAACAGCUCCUUGAUGUGCAGUGAGGACGCCAACUUUGAAACCAGCGACAACCACAAGAGCCCCACAGCAAACAAGAAGUCAGCCUUUGAUAAGGAGGACCGGGAGGUGACUGAGGGUGGCAAUCCUUCUGAAGAGAAAUCUGAGGAGCAUAUGGAUGAAUGGAGCAACAGUGGUGAAUAUCCUGAGGAUUACAUUUACACUGAUCCAGAGGCUGGAUUCCAGAGUCCAUCUGUGUAUGCUGCUGCGGACUCCACCACUAACCUGGAAGGGGGGACUCGUGCUGGAUCACCGCAAGAUGCCGUUGCCACUUCCAGUUACUCCCAGCAGGUAACUCUCCACUUAUCUGAGGCAUGGACAAUAAGAAGUGUACAUACACAGGUUUUGGUGAACUCCUCGGUGAACUCCUUGUCCUCUGUCAACGCUGCUUCAGCCACCGUGUCCACCUCCGGCUCCACAGCCAGCUCCCAGUCCCCUGCAGCCCCUCCCCAGUCUACCGUGCAGCCAGUCAUUGUGUCCCCCCACCCCGUCACACGACCAGUUGUGCUGCCCCCCCUGUCCGUGUCGUACCUCCCGGGAGCCCCGCUGUUUGUGAAUGAGCUGGGGGAGCCUGUGAGUGCCCCCCCUCCCCCGCCACUCUACUCCUGUGAUCCAAAUGGGAACGACCUCCCGAGAGAUUACAAGGUUGUCCAGUAUUACUUCAACAUGGGUGUGCAGUGGUAUCAUCAGAGCUACUGGAACCCCAUGGUGCAGAUGUACCAGCAGUCUCCCACGGAGCAGUACCAGGGCUUCAGCACAGCCCAGCCCAUGACCGAGCAGUCUCUGCAGCAGCAGUACACAGAUGCUGGGAGAUUCAAUGACAAUUGGGGCCUUCCAGAGUUCCCUCCUAAUGGUUUUGCCCCAAAUGUGGAGGCUGCUCCAGUGUCUCGGGGGGGCAGUCUACUACCCAGUCAUGACUGAGCACUUCAACCAGCAACCUCUUCCCACCUAUGAGCCCUGCAUCCCAAUGGAGCCUGCAUAUCACUAUGUAGCACCCUGGCCACCGGUGAACUAGCCACGCAUCCACGACACGCUGUGUCCUACCACGGUUGACCAGGUCAACUACGUCGGCUCUCCAACCCCUCCUGCAUACUACAUCCCCCAGAACAUGUAACUGGCACCACCCUAACCCUCCGGGGCCCCAGGCAGUUACUCCCGGGCUUUAUCACUGAGGGAGAAACCUCGGGUCCCCGAGUGUUUUGAGGGCCCAGGUACAUCUCCUGGUUUGGAACAGACCAGAGCAACAGCUUCCUGUGUCAGUCCUGUAUAUGUUUAAGAUUUGUUUAUUCUAAGCGUUUAAAGUUCUAAAUGGUAUGCAAUUGUCACUGGGGGAUUAUACUUUUAUAUGUAUGUUAAUGUUUUUGCAGUUUUGUGCAUUUUGACCAUUCGCACUGAACAUUACUGGCUAUUAGACACCAUAAAUACAACAAGCGCUCGACUACUAGCAAUCUCAUUCAUGGCUUUCUCUUGUUGAUAAAGACUUGGCUGAAUACUUUCCAAUCCCUCAUCUGGCAUGAAGCCAUUUUUUCCUGCCGUAACUAAUCAUUCACAUCCUGUGCAGCAGGUAUUGGAACCCCAGCAUGCCGGGGGGUGUCAGGUGGGAGCCUAAUACCUGCUGCACAGCCAGUUGGUUAACAAGGCUGUGUUGGGAUUAAUGAGCUUCAGUCAAAGGGAAUAAGUCUGGAAUUUCCACCCACAGGUUCUCUGCAAUUGGAAGUUCCGUACUGUUCAUGUGUUUUGACUCGUCUGUUUUUAGGAAGUUCUGUGUUUUUCAAAGUUUCACUGUUUCACUGUUUUGUCACCGUUUACAAGUGAUUGGAAAGCUGGUGUUUAAAACAACAGUUUAAAUAUUCAAUUAAAACACACGCAUUAACACUGA